AUGACGUCUCGUAUCAAUACCACCAUCGCUCAAGUCCGCUCAACGGCCAUCGAAGGCCGCAUGAGAGAUUUGAGGCACCGUCAGGAACAGCUAUUGUCUCUGCAUAGGCAUCUCAGAGACAACGAGUCUGAGGUCACAGAGGCUACCCGAGCCGACGAUGGACUGACUGCAGAUGAAGCCCUAUUUGUAUUUGGCUCAAUACUGUCUGAGGUCCGAACUCACUAUGAUGCUCUAGAUCUGGGUAAAGAGCUCAAGGUAGAAUACGGUAUAAAAUGGGGCAGAAGCAACGAAAACAAACGUACAGCGCAUUCCUUGGCGUAUAUCAUACUCGAUAAGCAAUCGCUCUUAUUUAGCGCCUUGUCAGUAUUUGCUGCUGCUACCGAAGCGGGAGCCUGCUGCAUCUUCAAGAUCGAAAACGGCCCGCCCUUGACACUGGCGCUGCUCAGCAAAUUCUUCAGAAUGCUUCAUGACAAGGAUGCUGUCUGCAUUACCAUGACUCAGCCAAGUGUUGAUCUGCUACAAAAUUGCUUAGUAGUCGACCAAGUCGGUGGCAACACUAUUGCUGCUGGCUUGGCUCACCCGGAUAGAUACUUGCGCUCAUCACCCGAGUCACUGAACGUCGCAGUCGUGGAUAGAACAGCAAACAUUCAGGAGGCUGCAACGGCGCUGGUUCGUUCGCGAAUCGCAUUCGGUGCGUCGAGUCGCCAGGCAGUAGACCAUGUUUUUGUUAAUGAAUUCGUGAUGGAGGAUUUUCUGAAUGCAGUCGCGAAGACCAUUGAGACAUGGCCCAACCGAAACGUGGAUAAUAUGAAGAGCAGUAAGGACAAGACUGUUCCUGGUUACGCAAACGUCUUAACCGAGCCAUUGUUUUGCUCCGUACUGCGGCCGGAGCCUGCGAGGUUUCUGGCCAAGAAAGUUGAAGAUCGUGUACUAGUCAUUGGUGUUAUGACGAGUCUCGACGACGCAAUCGAUACAGUCUUGGCAGGAAGUGCAGAUCUCGGAGCACUUUACAUCUUCGCUGGACUAAAAGAGGCCAAGUAUAUCAGCCAGCACAUCCCAACAAGGGUAACAUUUGUCAACCAUAUACCAAGAAGAUUCCAGGGUAAGCCAUCCCAAUCCAACACCGAGGAGCGUAUAUCCAAGGCUAAUAAAGCGAAUGAUCAAGUUGGGCCAUCACCCCCAGUGGGCUACGCAGUCACAAACACGGUCAGAUACACGCGACAGAUGUUUGAGAUGAGCAGCUCGCAAUUUGUCAAGGACAAGAGCAAGGGACGGGCUGUCGAAGAGACGGUGGCUUUUCUGGAGCAGGAGAGACGUCCCCUGAAACCUACUGGCCAGGCGAAAGCUGGGGCGGUAGGAUUCUUUGAUGUUGGCGUUAUGCUAGGUGCAGCGGUUUAUCUCAUGCCCCCAUUUGUAGCCUGUGUUUUUGGUGUCCUCUAA